ACAUUUGAAACAUAUAAAAAGGUCCACACUUGUUAAUUUCUUCAUAUCCAUUUCACUCAAAAACACAAUACAUCAUCAAAGUUGAUCAACAAAAAAAAAAAAAAAAACUCAAUAGAAAUGGCUUUGAGUACAAACGGUUCUGAACAAAGUGAACUGUAUCAUGCUCAAAUCCAUUUAUACAAACAUGUAUACAACUUUGUAAGUUCCAUGGCACUCAAAUCAGCUAUGGAACUUGGCAUAGCUGAUGCAAUCCAUAACCAUGGAAAACCAAUAACUCUUCCUGAAUUAGCCUCAUCUUUGAAACUCCACCCUUCAAAAGUUAACAUCCUAUAUCGAUUUUUGCGAUUGCUAACACACAAUGGUUUCUUUGCAAAAACAACACUGAAAAACAAAGAAGGGGAAGAUGAAAUAGCAUAUUCUCUUACACCAUGUUCAAAGCUUCUAGUAAGUGGCAAACCAACAUGUUUAUCAGCAAUUGUUAAAGGAGCACUUCAUCCAAGUUCUUUGGAUAUGUGGAGUGCCUCAAAGAAAUGGUUCAAUGAAGAAAAGGAACAAACACUUUAUGAAUGUGCAACAGGGGAGAGUUUUUGGGAUUUCCUUAACAAAGAUUCUGAAUCUGAUACUUUGAGUAUGUUUCAAGAUGCUAUGGCUUCUGAUUCUAGAAUUUUUAAGAUUUCUCUUCAAGAGAACAAACAUGUGUUUGAGGGUUUGGAGUCUCUUGUUGAUGUGGCUGGUGGAACUGGUGGUGUCACAAAACUCAUUCAUGAAGCUUUUCCUAACCUCAAAUGUACUGUUUUUGAUCAACCACAGGUUGUUGCUAACUUAACUGGAAAUGAAAAUUUGAAAUUUGUUGGUGGUGAUAUGUUCAAAUCCAUUCCUCCUGCAGAUGCUGUUUUACUCAAGUGGGUUCUUCAUGAUUGGAAUGAUGAACAAUCCUUAAAGAUAUUGAAGAACAGCAAAGAAGCUAUUUCACACAAAGGGAAAGAUGGAAAAGUGAUUAUCAUCGACAUAUCAAUUGAUGAAACAAGUGAUGAUCAUGGAUUAACUGAAUUGCAAUUGGACUAUGACUUGGUGAUGCUUACAAUGUUUCUUGGUAAAGAAAGAACAAAGACAGAAUGGGAUAAACUCAUACGUGAUGCAGGUUUCAGCAGCUACAAGAUAUCUCCUAUAUCUGGUUUCAAGUCUCUCAUUGAAGUUUAUCCUUAAUUUUGAUUUGACGUUGCUACAAUUUAGUGUUAACUAUGAAUUCAAUAAGUUUCUGUUUGGAGAGUACUCAAAUUAAUAGUUUUUAUUGUUUUCCUCUUAAAAGUUAAUUUCCCAAACUUGUUCCUUGCAUACAAGAGAUCAUUGUUCCCUACUAAAAAUGUAGUGUUUACCUGUAUUGUAUAUCAAAAUGCAGAAACUGAACAAUAAAAUUACCUAAUGUAAACUCUAAAAUAAAAACCAGUGAGACUUUGCUGUCA